CCCCAGUUCUCGUUUCUCUUCUUCCCCAUCAGUAGCGAUAGCAGUCAGCAAUGGCAUUGCGAAAGUUCUCCCUUCCCAUUUUCUUCGCUCUCAUGUUGCUCUUUGCCCAAGUCCUUGCUCGUGACUUGGAAGAGAAACCUGCUGCUGAUAAGAAGGACACGACUGUCAAGGACGGUGAUGCUGAAGUAGAUGGAUAUGGGUAUGGGCAUGGCCCAUAUGGGCGCGGUCCAUAUGGCCAUUACCCCGGCCGCUGCCGUUUCUUCUGUGGCCGCCGGUGCUGCUCGGAGGCAGAGUUUCAUGCCUACUCCCAGGGCGCUCAAGAUCAGGUCGAAUUCGGUGACGAGAAGCAGUAUGGCUAUGGAUAUGGACACGGAGGAAGGCCCGGAUAUGGAUACAGGCCACCAUACUGCCGUUACUACUGCGGCCGCCGGUGCUGCUCAGCAGAGGAGUAUGCGGAGUUUGUGCAGGAUCAGAACUAGAAAAUCUUCUUUGCUGCUGUAUCUGUAACCAAAGUGCAUGUCAACUGCCAUAACCUGUGGUUAGACUUAAAUAAAAGCAUGCGCUUGUGAGGGUCUAGUGAGUUCUUGCUAGCUUGGAUCCAUUACAGUUGCUCUCUGUUGUAAGGGUCUUUGUUUGUCUAACUUCAAUGAAAUAUUUCCCCAAGUAUUUUAAGCUUAA